AUGAAAAAAGAUUCUUUCGCUGAUACUAGCGAUAAUAGGGAUCAUAUGCUAACUCUAUCAACUUAAAGCCAAGAAGAUGAGUAGCUUCAUCAUUAAAGAAACUCAGUUGCAGUUGAGAAUUAGAGCAACAAAAUUAAUAAACACUUCUUGUAAAAAAACAAAGGUUUAGAAGAAGGUAGUGAUCUUACUAGUGAAAGUACUACUAAUUAAAAAAGUAUUGAUAUAAAACGAGGAUUCAAAUCCACUACUCGCAAUAAAGAAAAACUUUCUUUGGUUCUGAAUGAAAUCUCUCGCGCUGCUGGGAGCAGAUCAAAGACCUCCAUAAUUGCAGCAGAAGAGUUUUCCUAAAAGAAUUCCUGCUAGUAAAAGUGGGUUAACACCAACCUUGAAGACUAACAAGAUCAUUUUUAGAGUUGCGAAGAUUUAGAUAAUGAUCAUGAUGAUUAAUAUAAACUAAGAAAAACAUCUAUAGUAUCUAUUUAUUGCAAGAAAAAUGACAUAACGUUUGUAUCCUCACCUGAAGAGUUUGCACUAAAGGUAAUGAACAACAAAAGUAAUGUCGAUGAAGAAACUCCUCAUCUUUCACAGCUCUAAAUUGAACUGAUUAUUAGCAACAAGGAUUGUGAAGAAAAUUCUCAUAAUUCUAUGUAAAACUAGUAAUAGACUACUUAAACUUGUCAAAAAAAAAUUCCUCCUUAAAAAUUCUCUACUGAAACAGACCCUUUAAACGAAAACAGAUGGGUCUAAUCACCUGCUAAUGGAAUACUCCAGAAAUACCAUGCGAUUAGUGAAGUAGAAAUAUAAUUAGAAGAGAAAGAGGUCCAGCUUAUAGAGGAUGAUGAUUAUAAUUUAAUGAUAUCAAGUCCGCAUUCAAACAGCUCCUACCAGAAAGCAAUUUAAAUCCAUAACAGCUUGCUAAAGGAGUUUUAAAAUGAAUGCAAGAAGACAGAACAAUCUGCUUCUAGUUUUAGUUAAAAAAUAAGCGCUUUUGACCUUCUAAUUUCCCUCCAACAAAACAUUAAAAAUUAUUGA